UAGCAGUUGAAACCGGCUCUGUUCUAUCCUGUUGAAUCACCAGUAAAAACAUUGUGUUUGUACACCUUGACUGCCCAGAUACCGUGUAGAUUUUGACUUAUACGCAUCAGCCAUCUCCCCUAUUCUCAACUUGCGGUUGCGGGUAGUGUCGGCCACUUUAGUGUACAGGGACCCCACUGUAAGCGCUGUAAUUUGGCCCUCCAGAGCGCGCCACGGCGGUUCGAUAAGCUAAGCUUUAUCGUACCAAACAUUUGAAGCUCGAGGUCUGACGAAAGUUGAAGAAACAACAAUCCAACUUCCCCAACAUGUCAUAACACCCUCCAUACCACCUACGCCCCACGAAACCAACUUCCCCAUGUCCAUGUCCACCAAACGAACGCGCGCGCAAUUCGAAAGCGACCUCCGAGCGCAACAGUCACCUUACGUAGUCUUCGGCACUCCCCUGCCCCCCCUCGACGCCGAGACGCGCGACGAUGGCUCGUACGUGCCCGUGUGGAAGCAGGAAGUGAGGGACGAGCGAGGACGCAAGCGACUGCAUGGUGCAUUCACAGGCGGCUUCAGCGCCGGGUACUUUAAUACGGUCGGAUCUAAAGAGGGGUGGGCGCCAAGUACGUUUGUCAGCUCGAGGGGCAAUCGCGCCAGCAAGAAUGGCGUUGUUGAUGGUAAUAAGGAUGGCGGAAGGCAGAGGGUAGAGGACUUCAUGGAUGAGGAGGAUUUGGCGGAUAAGGCUGAAAGCGAGAAAGUGAGGAUGGCCGGGGGGUUUGCGGGAUUGGGGUCUACCGAGGAGGAUGCUGCGAGGAGGGCAAGUGGGGGCAUGGCGGAUCUUUUUCGGGUCCGGGGAGAGACCAUGGGGGUGAAGCUGUUGAGGAAGAUGGGCUGGAAGGAUGGCCAGGGCAUUGGACCGAAAGUUCGUCGGAAAGCGAGGCUGGACGUUGCGAGUAAGCCUGGUGCGCAGGCAGAGGACGGAGAGACGCAUCUCUUUGCGCCUGAGAACGUUUCUAUGAUUUCCUUCGUCAAGAAGCUGGACCGCAAGGGCUUGGGGUAUUUUGGAGAAUCAAAAUUGGCUCCUGCUGUGUCUGGGAUGAAGAAGGAUGGUGGUGGGAGCUCCGAUGAAGCAGACGAAGACGGGCCGUUGACAAGGCCCAGACGGCUGGCCAGCUCUCUAGGGAAAAAAAAGCCUAAGCCAGCUCGAGGCGGGAUUGGCAUCGGAAUACUGAACGACAAUGGAUCAGACGACGAGGAUCCUUACGAAAUCGGCCCCCGAAUAUCAUAUAACAGGGUAAUAGGCGGGGACAAGAAAAAGAAGAAGGCUGCUAUGACAGCCGCAAACCCAAGUUUGCGAUCCGCACCCGUCUUCAUACCACGAAAGAGCGCACUGGCAAAAGCAGCCAAGAAUCUACGAAAAUGCCACGAUGGACGCCUACCCCUCGACGGCUUCGUCUUUGGCACCGAGACGGACACCCUCACACCCAUGAUCAACUCCGAGGUCAAGUACCCUCCACCACAAAUACCCCCAGAUUGGAAGUCCUCCAGGCAGCCCAAAAACGACCCCUCCGCCUCAGCAAAAUUCGUGUCUACCGCCGAAGCCGCAAAAGCAUCCAUCCUCGACCCCAAAUCCCGCGCAGAACUACUCGGCGAAGCCCAACUGCCUGGUAAAUCCGUCUUCGACUUCCUCUCCGCCUCCGCCCGCGAGCACCUUGCCGCCGCAACCGGCAAGACAGACCUCCCCCCAGCACUAGGCGAAAUCCCCAAAGAAUAUGCCCUCACGCCCGAAGAGCGCCAGCGUGACCUCCUCUCCCAAUUGCCCGUCCUCGAGAAAGAAACCGCCAUUGCCGCGCUCACCCGCGGCGCCAGCGGCACCGCCCCAUACGCCGACAACGAGUCGAAGCGCAGCCGCUAUCGUGCGUACCUCGAACAUGCGGCCGGGUUCAGCAAAGCUGCGUUUCCUGCGAAAUCCGCUGGGAUGAGCUCAGAUGACUGGCUUCGCGAGUUGCGCGAGUUCCAGAGCUGUGCCAAGAUCUUCAAGCCCAUGACGGGCAUGAUGGCGUCGCGGUUUACGACAUCUACCACGUCGAAACUCAAUAGCGGUUCAUCAGGGGCUGCGCCAACCGAAUCGGAGCUGCUGUCAAAACCGAUGCCCAAGCCGGCCGAUCCGUCUGAGGAGGCGGCUAGGCUGGGCAUGUAUGGCGCUAUGACGAGAUCGGUGACCGAUUUCUAUCCCACGCGGCUUUUGUGCAAGAGAUUCAACGUACGGCCGCCUGCACAUGUACAACCAGAGGCGGAGCAAGACCUCGGGGUUAGGAAGACUACCCCCCCAGCUACUGCGGCGGCAGCGGCCGUCAAUCCUUCGCCAUAUCCAGCCGACGCCGGAGAGAUAAUGGGAGAAGUGAUGAGUACGGGGGCUAUAACGCUCGAUGAGCUGGUGAGACAAGCUCAGAGCGCCUCCUCAAAUACAGAUGAUGCAGCAAGGGCCAAAGAGCCAGCACCCCCACUGCAACCUGCAAAGGUCGAGAUAGACGCGAGCGUGAAUGAAGCGCUGGAGGGAAAGCGGGCGCAAGAUGCGGUGCUCAAGGCUAUCUUCGGAGAUAGUAGCGACGAUGAUGAAUGAAUGGUGCCGUACAUUUACGGAACUUGAUUAUCAUUAUACCCAAUACACUAGAUGGCUACUCAAGGUUUGUGUCAAGUUUGACGACCCCUUUCGAGGUUCCCUGAUUAGGGGUUACAUAUACUCGAGGUGGAGGAUGACAUUGAAUCGUAACGUGCAACUCCAGUUUCUGAGGUUAUC